AUGGAUGUUAAAAUUACUUAGACUCAUAAAACUGCUCUUAUGUUAAGACUCAACCAUUGUGAAAGACUUAGCCUCAAAUCUAAGGGAAAAGAGUCAAAACUCUCUUUGUCGACUAUUUUAGGGGCUGGAGGUAAAAUGUUGGAACGUUUUUAACUUUGGGUGUUGUAAGUUCAUACCGAGGGUAAAUUUCAAUAUCAAGAAUAAAGUUCCAUCCACUAUCCUAUGAGUCUAAUAAGUUUCAUCUAGCAAAAGACAUAAAACAAGUUUUUCAAGAGUUCUUCUUAUUUAAAUGAGAAGUCUCAUAACUUUUGA